AGAUCCCCAGUCAAGCCUGAACGUCUUGAAUUUCAUAUUCAUAUUCAGCCACAAUGCCAGUUCAGGGCCUACGAGCAGUCUCGACUGCCAGGAAUGGCGUCGGCGCAUUCAUCCUCCAAUGCAAACGCUUGGAUUUCCACUACUGCGACUGGGCAGGCAGUUCACGGGGCAUGAACGCCUUUCUCAAGAAUACUCUUCCAGCAUUCGCCCGCGCAAAUCCCCAGGUUGAAAUCAAUGUUUCGCCCCGGCCGCGGAAGCACCCUGUUAUCAAAGGCACAUACAUCAAUGGUCGGGAAAAAGCAGUUUGCGUCAGAAACUUGGAGAAGGAGCAGAUCCUUAAGAAGGCAGAACUUCUAAGGGAUGCCAGUGGCGAGCAACUGAAGAGAGUCACCAAACCGAUCAGCAGCACGAACGAGAGUGUUAGGGGUAUCUGGAGUCCCUAUCACGGAGACAGUCACACUCUUUAAAUACCUUUUUAACGAUUUUUUCCAUUGCAAAAACUACUUGGAUUGUAUAAAUAGGGCCCCACCCGGCGUCAAUUGGUAUCUGUUCUCAUGGAUUGGUACAAAUAGCGAAAUAUCAUAGAUCACUCUGCAUAUACAACAAUGUAAUCACAGUC